UACCCAGCAGGUUAGCAUGCAGUUAGCAACAUUAGCGGUGGAGCUCCUCUCAUACAGGCUGCAGUUCUCGCUGUGAACGCAGGUGGCAGCAGAGCUCCGCUAUGCCCCAGCAGAAGAAGCCUGGGACCGGAAACUAAACAGCAGCAGAGGGGCGCGCGGCGGGAGAACAUCAAUAACCUGCUGCCGGUCUGAGGCAGCGACCCCCCCCUUUAGGGACCCGGAGCGAAGGAGCAGCGGAGGUUGGAGCGGAGCGCUGCCAGGAUCCCCGCUUCCUGCUGCGGAGCUCUGAGGCUAACAGGCUAGCACUGCGGCUAACCGGAAACUGACCAAUCGGACACGUCAGCAGCUCGUGCAUCUGUUGAUAAACGGACCGGGUCAGAACCGAACCUCUCGGACAUCAGUGAACGGAAGCUUUAGUUAACUUCAUGCGGUCAGUGACUGGAAGCUAACUGGUUAGCCAGGCGGGUGACUGAACUGGUUCCUGAUUGGUCAGCGGGUAGAUCCAGGGUUCCGGUUCUUCAGUCAGAUCAGAGCAGAACUUUGAUUCCAGAUGUAGAAAUCCUAUAAAUUCAGAUACUUUCGACUGAAACCGGAAGCUAAUGUAAACAGUGAAAGCGGAUUAAGAAGCUUCGUGUCAGCAGGCUCAUGGACCCUGGAAGCCCCGCCUCAUUACCGUUGGUUACAGCAUGGAGCCCUCUGAUUGGACAGACGCCCUGACCGCCCUGCUUCCGGGUGUGCCGUCAGGAUGCCCCGCCCCUCUGAUGAAGGUCACCAGAAGAAGGCGGAGCCUCCCAACAGGAGGUGGGCGGAGCCAGAGGCCGGUCCGUCCAGGUGUGAGCCCGGCAGGCAGGGUUACUGCGGUUACUGCAGGGUCCUCUACACCCACCUGGAGCAGCACCUGUCCAGCCUCAGACACCUGGACGCAGUCAGCACGUCCUCCAGAGGCUCCUCCCCCAGGUCCUCGUCCAGGAGCGGACUGACGCUGCUGGAGCGCUUCCUGCAGGACGUCCAGGAGCACCACCCCCAUCGCUACGGCGACGGCAGGCCGUCCCACGCUGACCUCCCCUCCGUCUCCACCCCUCUGCUGCCAAAGGUGGAGCUGGAUGAGGUCUGUUCCUCAGACAGCGACAGCUCCGCCCCCCCCUCUGACCAGCCGCCCAGGGAGGGGGAGGAGGGCAGCCAAUCAGGAGACAGAGCUCAGCAGGACAGGCUGUCCUCUCCAUCCAGGGAACCUGGCCCUCCAUGGCCCAGAGGCCCACAGGCUCCGACUCCGCCCCCUCAGGCUCAGAACCCGCCCCCUCAGACUCAGACUCCACCCCCUGUCCAUAGGAAGGCCCACAGGAAGACUAACAGGAGGAAACCCAGCGAGUCCUCGUCCUCUACCAGGCCCAGCCAGAGGCCAGGGACCUCCACGGACCUCCACAGACCAUCUCUGGGGCCCAGGUUCUCCACAGGGGCCCGGCCCCCCGCUGUGAGCUGGCAGAAGGUCCAGAUGGAGGAGGCGCGGGUCCACAGGGACCCUGUGGAGCAGACCAUCGAACAGGUGAUCCAGAUGUGCUGCUACAGCUGCAGCGCUCCUCCCCACCAGCAGGAGGACCACAGUCUUCCUCUCAGCCUUCCUGUCUCCAUGGAAACGCUGAGUGAAGACUGGGACGCUCCGGUGCAGGGAGUUUUCCAGAGGGCGGGGAAACGCGGCGACACGGCCGUCCAGGUGGCUGGGACUGAGGGACGGCACCUGGGCCGUCUGAUGGACGUCCAGGUGGACCUGGAGGACCAGCUGUACUCCAGCCAGCUGGACUCGGCUCUGCUUGGCGGUGGGAUCAAGCAGGACCAGGGGUUCUGGAACAUUCCUAUAGAGGAUGUCCUCCCGGUCCCACAACAUAUCCCCAAGUCCUUCAGGGGAAAGACCUGGACCCAGAUCGAACAGGAGGACGAGGAGAGGGUGGAGAGACUGGUCCAACAGUUCAGACGUGGAAAAUUCAUCUGCUACUUUGACAGCGAGUCCCUGGCCAGGUUUGGUCGAAGCAGCAGGAGGAAGAAGGAGCUGACGGAGGCGGCAGAACCAGACGUGGACCUGCUGCCCUUGGCGGCUCGCGAUGAGGAUGACUCUGCCUGUGUGAGGAAGAGGAGGCGUGGCUUCCGGCUGGCGUCCAGGUGCCAGGUGGUGAAAGUUAGUCACAGCACUCAGACUGUACGAAUGGUCAUCCCGACUGUCCAUCAGCUGUCCUCAGAGGCUCCGCCCCCAAACCUCCCUGCAGCCAAUGAGAGGACCCCAGAGACCCAGAUGUUGCAUUCUCUUCCUCCUUGCUACUCCAGCAUUGUCAGCCCUGUUCAGCCACGCACCUCUCUGAUCUACCUGCUCUGCGGCCCUCCCUGCUCCGUUCCCACGUCACCUGAAGGCUCCGCCCCCAAACGCUGCCGCAGGCGGCGCCGUCCUGUCGACCUGCAGCGCUUCAAGGUUCCUGAUUUCAGCCUGCAGCGCGUCCCCCUGCUGGAAGAGACACGUCAGUCCACCAUCGGACACCGCGUGAUGAAGAGGAGCUCACCUGGCAGGUCAUCACCUCAUCGGUCUGCAGAGACUUGCAUGAAGAAGGAGGAGGAGAUGCCUGCACUGAGGCAUCAUGGAGAACAUCGGAGGAGGUGGGGUGAGGCGAGUCCGCCAAUAGCGACGACGCAUCAGAGGACCUUCCUCCCAUUAUUCCCUCGGUGAGUAGAUCGCCGUGGUAACAGGGCAUAACGAGCAUUUUGCACAAAGGAGGACAACGACUCUCUCCAGGUGGGCUGAUUAAACAGAAAGAGUACAAGAGGGUGGAAGCCUGAGUUCUGACCUCACCUGUCACUGAUCUCUGGCUCUAUCUCACCUCCAUGUCUCACCUGUCUGUUUCCUGUGUCUCACCUGCUCUGACCUCACCUGUCAGUGUCUCACCUGCUCUGACCUCACCUGUCAGUGUCUCACCUGGGUGCAGAGCUCCACCAGAGGAUGGUGGGUUUUGUGCUUCCUGCUCUGUCGGCCGGUUAAGAAGCACUGGAGGCAAACAUGGACAUUCAGGCAGGUUUUGCAGCGAUACCUGAGCAGAGACUCAGUUCAGGGUUCUGCUCCACCUGGACCCGAGCUUCAAUGAGGACUGUGGGUUCUCACCUGAGGCCAGUGAUAGGAGAGGUCUUACAGGUGUGGCAGCGGACGUGGUGGCUGACCCUCUGACUGAAGGACAACCUGUGGAGAGCCGGUAACCAUAGCAGCAGACGGGGCUCGCUCUUUAGCCACGAUAGCAGAUGAGCCUCAGUGACAGCGGGAGCCCCUCCCUGCAGACAGGUAAGGUCAGCAGGAUGACGAUGAUCCGCUGAAGUCAAGGUCGGUUUCUCUCACCUUGUGGAAACAGGAGCUCACUGCUGCCUCCACGCUGCCAAACACAUCUUCCUCCUCUUCCUCCUCUUCCUCCACCGCCGUGGGAACCUGAACACUGGGGUUAGAAAGCUGGAGGCCAGGGGCAUGCUGGGAGAUGUAGUCUUAAACGGAUCUACCUUGCUGAGGUCCUGCAGCAGAG